AGUGAGGAGUUGUACUCGGUCGCGAGAGCAACGUGUCUGUCCUCAAGGUGUCCCAUCGGGUGAGGUGUGAAUUGUUUGGCCCAAAGUUGUGCCCCACUCUUCGACAAUACAUAACACCAGGCGCGCGUUUCUGCCCCAUAGUUGAACAUCCGAUACUAAACAUUCCUCUGCACCGACUGCAAAUCAAAGUGAUUUAACACUAGAACUUUGCCCUCAACUAGCCAAGUACUAAGUCAAUAUUGUCCAAGAUAUUUGAUCAAGUACCAGUUUCACAAAUAUUCGAAAUAGUGUGCUCUCAAAGUCCUUUUUGGGGGGGUUUUAACACUGUAUGGACAAUGUAGCAAUGACUAUGCUCAAUGUUUGUACCAAGAUGACGUUGAGUGUAAUAGAAGUGUUACGUAAUGUAGGAUUUCGUGGAUUUUUAGAUAACAGACACCAGAACCACCCUUAUUCUUGGGAUACACACAUAAACUCUUCCAAUUAAGUGGCAACUUACAAAACUUCCAUUAAGUAACUCUGUGUGAAACGAUGGUGAAACAACAGACGUAUAGAAGUGUUUAAGUGCAAAAUUCGCUGUUAAGUGGAGUAAUAAUCAAUUAAUUGAAAAUGCCACCGACAACCGGUGAGACAUUGAGAGCCUGGCUUCUGUCGGCACUCGUGGUACACGGAGCCGUGGCUGGGAAUCCAGAUGCAAAACGGCUCUACGACGACUUGCUGAGCAAUUACAAUAAAUUAGUGCGACCAGUCGUCAACACAUCUGACGUGCUGAAGGUGUGCAUCAAGCUCAAAUUGUCCCAGUUGAUUGAUGUGAAUUUGAAGAAUCAAAUCAUGACAACAAAUCUAUGGGUGGAACAGUCUUGGUACGAUUAUAAGUUACGCUGGGAGCCUAAAGAAUACGGAGGAGUCCAAAUGCUGCACGUCCCUUCAGAUCACAUCUGGCGUCCAGAUAUUGUCCUGUACAAUAAUGCGGAUGGAAAUUUCGAGGUGACUUUAGCAACAAAAGCGACAAUUUAUUCAGAGGGUUUAGUUGAAUGGAAACCACCCGCAAUUUACAAGUCUUCUUGCGAAAUAGACGUCGAAUACUUUCCAUUUGAUGAACAAACGUGUGUUUUAAAAUUCGGCAGCUGGACUUAUGAUGGGUUUAAGGUGGAUCUACGACACAUGGAUGAACAAUCUGGCAGCAAUAUUGUUGAUGUCGGGGUGGACCUAUCAGAAUUUUAUAUGUCGGUGGAGUGGGACAUUCUUGAAGUGCCAGCUGUUAGGAAUGAAAAAUUUUACACAUGCUGUGACGAGCCCUACUUGGACAUAACAUUCAACAUAACAAUGCGGAGAAAAACAUUAUUCUAUACUGUAAACAUAAUCAUACCCUGCAUGGGAAUUUCAUUCCUGACCGUACUAACAUUCUACUUGCCAUCGGAUAGUGGUGAGAAGGUUACGCUCUCCAUAUCAAUUCUAAUUAGUCUCCAUGUGUUUUUCCUGCUGGUUGUUGAAAUAAUACCCCCAACAUCGCUAGUUGUGCCACUCUUAGGAAAAUAUCUCAUUUUCGCAAUGAUAUUAGUAUCAAUAAGUAUAUGUGUCACUGUGGUGGUUCUCAACGUACAUUUCCGAUCACCGCAAACACAUCGGAUGGCACCCUGGGUUAAUUUCGUUUUCAUCCAAAUCCUGCCGAGAGUCCUCUUUAUGCGACGACCUCAAUACAGCUUUGAGUCGAAAUACAGGCAGCACUUGCUGAGGGAUCCCCACAUCUCAUUCUAUCCCUACUACUCAACAUCGAAUUUGGAUCAAAUAGCACGUAUGAGUAGGUCUCCAUCCAAGGAGGAUAUGUCUCCAUCGAGUUUAACAGCAACAGGACCUUUUGGGGGCAGUUGCCAGAUUCAUGGCCCAGUGCCACAUUCGGAGUCAGAGGAUCUAUCUUGUGAGGCAGACCUGGAUGAAGGUGCCACCACAAUAAAGAGCCCAAUUAUCCCCAAUCCAGGUUUCUCACACGGACACUGUCCACCAGACAUGCAUAAAAGCUGCUUUUAUGUGCGAUUUAUAGCCGAGCAUACGAAGAUGCUUGAGGAUUCCACAAAGGUCAAGGAGGAUUGGAAGUACGUUGCAAUGGUGCUAGAUCGACUAUUCCUUUGGAUAUUUACACUGGCCGUCCUUGUUGGAACAGCCGCAAUUAUCCUACAAGCCCCAACUCUCUACGAUCAACGAAUCCCAAUUGAUAAAAAGUUUUCCGAAUUUGCCACAACAACAGUCGUGAGAUGUCCACCACAAUAGCAAUUCACGGGCAUUAUUUUAAGUCCUCUGGCUCCUAUUUUCAGUAUUGUGCAUUGGAAUUAGUGCCUGUAUCUUUAAAAAAAAAACAACAACAAAAAACCAAAGGAAGAAUCUCUGGAACAACCAACUACCAAAAAAAAAAUCUCAACUGAAAAAAUGUCCGACUUUUCAUUGUACGGGUUCAUUAUGCUAAGUUAUUACUUUUUUAUGGUACCAAUAUUCCCAUUGUAAUAGUACUAUAUUAGCAAAUAACAGGACAAUAAACUUUCUUAAAUAAUAAACAAAACCAAAAAAAAACCAACAAUUUUCUCAUUUCAAUCAAUGACAUAAUUUUAGUGAUCUCUAACUAAUUAAAUGACAUAAAUUGCGUCACUUAUCGUUAGGAAAAAAAGUAGUUUUGCAAUAUAGUUGAAUUACUUAUGAAUUUAUCAUUCGAUUUUAUUAUAGUAAACAAAACAUAUUUAAAAAAAGAAUCAUAUAAAAUCAAAGAAAAAAUAUUAUAGAGUAUAAUUUAGCCAAAAAAAUAAUGUAGAAGAGUCCACGAUAGGGAUUUCUUUCACGUUCCUAAAUAUAUUUUGAAAAAAAGACAGUGAACAACAAAAUAGGACGGUGAAUAUUGUAAAAAAAAUACAGGAAAAAAACCAACUUAUUAAAAUGAAAAAUCAUCUUUAGAGAAUUCUUUUAAAAAAAUAAGAAUCUAUCUUAUAUUUUCUCCCAAAUUCAUUGAGCUAAUUUGCCACAAAGGAAAAAUUUGGAGCGUUAUAAUUCUAAAACUAUGUAAAAGAUGAGUAAAUAUGUAAUCCCCCAGCAAUUUAAACAAAUGAAAAUAACGUAAAAAAAUACGAGUAAUAGAAAUAGUGAAAAAAAUGAAAAAAUAGACAACAAAAGUAUCAGUAGAAGUCAAACGUUGGAAGAAAACCAAGAUUUACGCAAAAAAAUAUAUAUAAAAAUAUAUACCAAAUUUUAAUUGUAAAAAAAUAUAUAUUAAAAAAAAAGAAACGCACAAGCGUUUAGAAGUUAAAUGUAAAAUUUUUAGUAGAACAAAAUGAAAUUAACUGCCAGACAAGGGCGAAGAUAUUUGUAUCUCACGUAAAAUUAAAAAGUAAUAAAAAAAUAGUUUUAACCAAAAUGUCAAAAAGAAAAAUAUGACUCUAGAAAAGUUAACAUUAAUCAUUAAGAGAUAAUGUAACAAGAUAAAAAAAAAUUACACGUGAGUGACUACGGUGAAAAUGAGUUAAAUACCAAAAACAAAACAAAAAAAAACGUAUUUUAGUAUACACCAAAACAAAUGAUCAUAUUUUUUGAAAGAAAAAAGAAAAAUAAACAAGAAUAGUGGACAUUUAAAAAAAAAAACAAAAAACAGUCACGGAUUUAGAUUAUGGAAUGGCUAAAUAUCGGAAAAUUCUUCUCUCUCUAGUCCUUACUUAACGGUCAACACUUGACGUAGUUGAUCAAGUUCAUGGAAAACUAACGACUUAUGAUGCGUAAUUUCUUAAGAUAUUGUCUAAUGUUCAAUCUCGUAAACUUAUCGCACUCUCUCAUUUAUGAUUUAUCUUCCUAUCUCAAUACUUCACUAGAUCUCUUAGCUAUCACUUCACCUUUAAAUUUUUAUUUGUUUUAUCAAAUUUUAAUAAAGAUUAAAUGUCAAACAUUUUAUUGCUCGAACUCAAACAGAGCGAGUAGUAUUAUAAAGACUGGCUUAAAGUAAAUCUGGACACCUUUCUCGGACCCCUUCCUAUCUGUUCUAAAAAUAUUCUAGUGAUUUCUUUUAUUUCCGGAUAUGUUUAUGCCCAGACACUUUUGUCCGAAAAAGCUUUCGACAUCGAAUUUUCGAAGAUCGAAGUUAAAAUAAUCUGGCGGACCUAUUUUUCAACCAAUUUGAUUAAAUUUGGAUUUUUAAUAAAUGUCUUGAAAUUUUAAAACCGAUUGCACCGUACUCAAUCGGAAAUUAAUCGGUAAAGUACCCGUAAAUUGCUUAUUUUGUUCGAAAAUAUUUAUUUAGUGGUUGUAUAUAUUUUUCCGAUCUCGAGGCUAAACAGUAACUCCCUCUGACGCCUUUAACACCAUUUUCUAGGUCAUUCUCGAGAACGGCUUCAGUAGUUGGACACAUAUGACCGAAAAAGCUUUCGAGAUCGAAUUUUCGAUGGUUGAAAAAAUAAUUCAUAGAGAGCUCUAUCUUGUGAGUUCGAGCAUUCUGCAAAGCUGAAACGCUUUGCCAUCAUUUUUUUGUUUAUAAAUAUAAGAAUGUUCAUAAAUAAAUAUGGAAAUAUUUUUAUAUUUUUUUAUUUAAACUCCUGUUUAUUAUUUUUUUUAAAUUUUGUAUAUUAAAUAAAAUCGAGUAAUAAAAAACUUUAAACUAUCCUGAUAUUUGAUAAACUCAAAAAAGCCCUCAAUCCGUCUUUAGUAAUGUCCUCCCUAAAACAUUUUUUUUAAGGAAUACAGGGUUAAAAAAUUGCGUAGUUUUUUUAUAUUAAGAACAUUUUCAAGAGACGAGACCCAAAGAAAUGUUAACACUUUUUUGGUUAGGUUGUAAGAUGGCGUUUUAUGUCAAUUUAAUAUUCUACAGUCAUUUCUUGGUUUUUGUCUUACUUUUUAAUUUAAUUGUUUAAUUUAUACAAGUUAUCAAUUAUUUUUUUUUACAAAAAGGAAGCAAAUUAAAUUCUCCAAACAUUGGUAUCUUCACUUUACCAUAAUAUUAAAUUGAAUUCUAGUUUUGAAACUUUAACCUUAAAAUUAGAGUGAAAUAUCUCUUUUGGUUUUAAAGUGAUCAAAAGAUUAAUCUGAUUAAUCCGUAUGUCCAUUUAUUGCUAUCUCUAUUAAAUUAUUAAAUUUUAAUAAUUUUAUUGUUAAGCAAGGCCGAGUUCUAACCUCAAAAAUUGAAACUGGACAUUUAAGUCAAUCCUAAACCCCAAAAAUUAAUUCCAAAUUUAGAAAUUAAUUUUGACAUUUAGGAAUCGAAAAUCAUUUUGAGUUUUUAAAGUUUCUAAACAACAGAAAAAUAUAAUUUUCCAUAUUGAGACAUUAAUCUCAUCAUUUUUUUUUUGACCAAGAGGUUAUGUUACUCUUAACCUCAAAAGAUAUAUUCUUGAUAGCAAAAACUUCCUCAAUUUCCCUUAUGUAUUUUUCUACAAUUGUGUUUUGAUAGUCAUUCUUGUAGUAUAUCCUUAAAGUAUCCGAAUUUAACCUCAAAUGUCGAAUCCUUUUGUUUAUCAAAUAAUUUAUUCAAAUAAUUUGCAAGGAAACUUUGGGUUUAUUCCAAUUAAACCUUUAUUUUUCCUAAAAAUCUUAAGUUUUCUAAAUUUUCCGAAAUUGAAUUUCUGUUAUUAUAUUGAUACUCUAUUCUAGGUUAUGUACAACACAACCUCACAUUUUAAAUAACCCGACAGUCCUUUCCUCAUGAAUCGUACAAGAAAAUUGAUUUUCAAUUCAUUUACAUUUUUUAAAUGUUCUUUUUUAUUAAAUCUGAAUUCAAACUAAAUUCAAAUGCACAAUUUUCCCAGAAAAACAUUCUCCGUAACGAUAGAUUCCCAUUGCAAACAAACCAAGUUAAUUUUUUUUUAGAGAGAAAAUAGAGAGUAGAAAAAUUAUUCCACAAACUCAAAAUAAAAAGCACAAACUUUCUUCUCUCCCCCCUCCCCCCCAGAAAUUUUCUAAAUGUAAAUAGAAGAGUCUGUAUACACAAGAAUUUUCCCAUGUACAUAAAUCUGUUAUCACAUGUUGAAAGAGUUCUGAUAAAAAAAUCUAUGGCAUAUUAUCUAAGUGUUAGAGAAAUCUCGCCCUAUCUACUGUAUUGAAUUUAUGUAAAUUUACGAAUAAAAAACAAACUCUAUCCUUUCCUUCCUUUUUCGGGUAAAAAAAAAGAAACAUUUAGCCAGACUGGUGUUCAUUAAUAUAAAAUUGUAAUUGCAGUAGUAGACAAAAUUAAACGGUGCAGAAAUGAAAGUGGAUGAGAUUGAUUAUUUGGUGGACCCUGUUAACGAAUAUAGCAAUAAAACAUUUUUAAUGGCUUCA